AUGGAUAAAGCACGAGAAACACCAACCCUGCCGGCAGAUCCACCUGCAGACAAGGUAGCUGAUCCACCUGCAGACAAGGUGACCGAGGCAACGGCCUCCGGUAUUGUGAAGCUAACGAAGCGGGCCGUCAUCACGCAGAUAGUGAUCGCCGUCGCCGCUAACAUUACGACCAUCUCUUCCGGCAUGGGAAUUGGGUUUCCCUCGAUCGCAAUGAUGGAGCUGACCAACUCGACCACGUCCGUGGUGCUAACGGAAUCGGAUGCGAGCUGGUUCGCGUCCAUCACCGCGAUCAUGUGUCCUUUCGGUGGGUUACUGUCGGGCUAUCUGCUGGACAAAGUAGGCCGAAAGCGAACGCUUUACUGCAUCAACAUCAUUUCCAUCAUCUCGUGGGCCAUCAUGUCGUUCGCCAGUACCACGGACGAGUCCUUGCUGUUUGUAGAGCUGAUGGUCGCACGUGUCAUCAUCGGUAUCGCUAUCGGACUUUCUAGCACACCCGCGUCGGUUUAUGCCGCUGAAGUGGCCCACCCGCGCUUGAGAGGCCGUCUGACGCUGUUGACGGCGCUGUUUACCGGUGUUGGAAUGCUUUUGGUUUACUCACUGGGCUACAUGUUCAAGGAGGAUUGGCGCUACGUCUGUACUAUCAGCGGUGUGUUUACCGGCGUAUCACUAAUUAUCGCAAUUCCCUUACCGGAGUCUCCCAGCUGGUUGGUGGGUAAGAAACGACCUCAGGAAGCAGAACGAUACCUGAAGGUAAUUCGCGCCAUCAAGGAAGACAAUCACCCGGAGAUUCGGGCAGAGAUAAAGGCACUGGAGGAAAAUGUGGCCCGUUUCCGUGCGUCGGAAUCGUCGAAAAAGCCAUCGAAGCUGGUGCAGCUCAAGAAGCCGGAGGUCUACAAACCGCUCGGGAUCAUGUGCACCUUCUUCCUGUUCCAACAAUUUUCCGGCAUUUUCGUGAUCAUCGUGUACGCCGCCAGUUUCUCCGUUGAGGCAGGUGUAUCCAUUGAUCCGUUCCUGAGCGCGGUGCUGGUGGGGUUGACGCGCGUGGUGACCACCAUCUUGAUGUCGUUCAUCUCCGACAAGUUUGGCCGCCGCCCGCCGGCCCUUUUCUCCGGGUUCGGUAUGGCGUGCUGUAUGUUCGGUUUGGCGGCAUGCGCCGUAUACCCGGUCACCGACACACCGUACAACUGGAUACCGACGGCGCUACUCGUGGCGUUCAUCUUUACGGCUACGCUCGGAUUCCUCACGCUUCCGUUCUCCAUGAACGCGGAAGUAUACCCGACAAAGGUGCGCGGUUUAGCGUCCGGAUUGACCAUCUUCUUCGGCUACACCAUGUCGUUCAUCAUACUGAAGAGCUACCCCACGAUGGUGAACGUUAUUGGCAAUGAGAAUGUGUUCAUGUUCUUCGGACUGGUGUCCCUGCUGGGUAUCGUGUUCGUGUACUUCUUCCUGCCCGAAACGAAGGGCCGCACGCUGCAGGACAUUGAAGACUACUUCCGCGGUACCAAGAGUGCGGACGCGGACACAAACGAAGCGAAAGCGUAG